CUGGCUGGUGGACGGCUGUUUUCGGCUUGGGCUGCCCAGCAGGCCAGCACAGCCGUUCCCGUUUUCGGCUGGCCCACUGCCCAACAUUAGCAGCCCCGGUCGCCGUGUUACGCUCCCUCUCCCAUCCUCCGCCGCCGUCAUUCCCGUCGUCGCCGUGCGAGGCAUCGGCGUCCCUCCGUCGUUGGGGCCGCCUGGAGCGCUCAGAUCCAGCCGGGUCCGGGCGGUUCCUCGCUGUUGCGGACCGAAUCCCCCACCGCCGGCUACCUCAAGCUCCACCCGCUCCUCGGUCUCCUGUGCCGCCGGCCUCCUCCUCGGGCUCCACCCGCUUGUCGCCUGCGCCGCCACCGGCCUCCUCCCGCAGGCGCUCGCGACCGCCCUCCUCGCUGCGGCCGGCGCGCUGUCCGUGGGCGCCGCCGCUGCGAUUGACCACGAGGACGUCGGGUGGGCGGCGGUCGCUGCGCUCGGUUCCGCGGGGCGCUGCUGGGUGCCGUCUUCCCCGCGCCGUACUGCGGCCGUGGGAGGUCGUUGCUGCAGUACCCCCUCGGGUAGGUCAGUGGAUUGGGGAAAGUUAGGGUUUCUCAUACGUCAUGACCAAGAAUACUACUCUAAGUUAAAGGGAAAGGAUACCGAGAGAUUUGAAAAACAUAGAUAGAUAUUGUACAAUGUGUCCAUUACCUGAAAGAAAAGGGAUCGUGGAAGCUAAAGAAAAGAAAUUUUCUCUUGCCAUUAGUCUUUCUUGAGAUAAUAUUCAAAUUGUGAGACUGGAGUUGAAGACACCAGGAGUUACGUCAAGAGCUUGAAGAAAAGAUCUCUCUGGUCCAAGACGUUGGAAGAAUACUGGGAACAGAGUGCAUUAUGGCCACAGUGAAGGAGGAUCCUGAACUCUCAUUUCCACCUGGAUUUGGACCUUUUGUUGGCCUUGCAUUGCAGGGUACCCAAAACAAUGUCAAACCUGGUGGUACUCAUUCUAGUUCAGUGCAAGUAGCACAGAGCAUUGAAAAAGAUGUCAAAGUUUUGGAACCCAAUUCAGCGCAUUGUAGGAGUGGCACACCUGCCAGUACUUCUGGGAGCCAUAGUUGCAGGAAAUCACUUCGUAACAGGCCUCCAAUAGACUAUAGCAUCUAUGACCUUACCUCAGAUGAAGAAUCUGAAAUUGAGUCAGCAGAAAAGGGAGUAAGAUCAAUGAGACGUAGGCAACAAUUACCAAAAGGAGUCCUUCGAGGCUGUACAGAAUGUGCUGAUUGUCAAAAGGUUGUUGCAAGGUGGAAUCCAUCUGGUGCUCGCAGGCCUGUUCUUGAGGAGGCUCCUGUUUACUAUCCAUCCGAGGAGGAAUUCAAGGACACCUUAAAAUACAUUGAGAGUAUACGGCCUACGGCAGAACAAUAUGGAAUUUGUCGCAUUGUUCCACCACCUUCAUGGAAGCCUCCAUGUCUUCUUAAAGAGAAGAACAAAUGGGAAUGCUCAAAAUUUUCUACUCGAGUACAGAAGGUCGACAAGCUCCAAAACCGUAAAUCAUCCAAGAAGAGCAAAGGAGGUGGGAUGAUGAAGCGGAGAAAGGUUUCAGAGCCGGAAGAUAUUGCUAGCAUUAAUCACAAUCAAACUGGGAUGCAUCAAAGCCCAGAGAGGUUUGGAUUUGAACCAGGACCAGAGUUUACACUACAAGCAUUUAAGAAGUAUGCGGAUGACUUCAGUGAUCAGUAUUUUAACAAAGAUGCAUGUGGGGACUCACCACCAUCAGUGGAAGAUAUUGAAGGCGAGUAUUGGCGCAUAGUUGAAAGUCCCACUGAAGAGAUAGAGGUAAUAUAUGGCGCCGAUUUGGAGACUGGAACUUUUGGUAGUGGUUUUCCAAAGUUCUCUCCUGAAGUAAAAUCUGAUGGUGAGCAUAAGUAUGCAGAAUCUGGUUGGAAUCUAAACAAUUUGCCUAGACUGCAAGGUUCAGUUCUAUCGUUCGAGGGUGGUGACAUCUCUGGUGUUUUGAUCCCUUGGGUAUAUGUCGGCAUGUGCUUUUCAUCAUUCUGCUGGCAUGUUGAAGACCAUCAUUUGUACUCUCUGAACUACAUGCAUUGGGGUGCUCCAAAGAUGUGGUACGGAGUUCCAGGAAAGGAUGCCGUGAAUUUGGAGGUAGCGAUGAGGAAACAUCUACCAGACUUGUUUGAGGAGCAGCCUGAUUUGCUUCACAAUCUGGUUACUCAAUUUUCUCCAUCAUUGCUUAAAUCUGAAGGAGUACCGGUCUACCGAUGUGUUCAGCAUGAGGGAGAGUUUGUCCUGACAUUCCCACGGGCAUACCAUGCUGGUUUCAAUUGUGGUUUCAAUUGUGCGGAAGCUGUUAAUGUGGCACCGAUAGAUUGGUUACCAAUUGGGCAGGAUGCUGUUGAGCUUUAUCGUGAACAAGCCCGGAAAAUAACUAUUUCACAUGAUAAGCUGUUACUUGGGGCUGCAAAAGAAGCAAUAAGAGCUCAGUGGGACAUUCUUUUCCUCAAGAGAAAUACUGCUGAUAACUUGAGGUGGAAAAGCAUGUGUGGACCUGACAGCAUCAUAUGCAAGUCACUUAAGGCAAGAAUCGAGAUGGAGUUGGCUCAAAGAAAGGAUAUAUGCUCUACAUCUCAAUGUAGAAAAAUAGAUGCUGAAUAUGAUUCUGCAGAUAGGGAGUGUGCAUUUUGCUACUAUGAUCUGCAUCUUUCUGCCUGUGGUUGUCCAUGUUCCCCAGAGAAAUAUACUUGCCUUGUACAUGCGAAGCAGCUUUGCUCAUGUGACUGGAGUAAAAGACUUUUCCUAUUCCGUUAUGAUGUCAAUGAACUAAAUAUCUUAGCUGAUGCUUUGGGUGGGAAGUUAAGUGCUAUUCACAGGUGGGGUGUCUCUCAUCUUGGAUUAAGUUUGAGCUCAUGUGUUAAACGGGAAAAGGAGCAAGAUCUGAAGACUCUUCGGAGAGCAACUGAUGGCCCCAGAAGGUCCUACAUGACACAUGCAUCAACAGUAUCAUUGUCAUCUUCACUGGUUUGCAAUGAACAGAAAAGCUGUGGAAAUAAGAUGCUGAACUCAGCUUGUUCGGAAAUGAGUACUGCUGAUCCUUCUGCAGAUCAACUAAAGUUGGGAAAUGUUUCACCACAAAAGGAGCCAUGGGUGAAGAAUGAUUUAGCAUGUACACUAAAUACUGGUGCCAGCCAAUUACAGUAUAAUGGAGGGCCUGGAGGUGACAAAAACACAGCACCAAGUUUGUCAGUUCGUGCUGGUCAAUCAUCUUCCAAUGUUGGGACAAGGUCCUUAAGCACUUCUGGUGAAUACAAUAAAAAUGCAUACAGCUCUCUGCCAGUAAUGGUUGAUCAUAGAAGCAAUAUGAAGCCUAGUUCAGAAAGCUCGAUCAAUUCCCAUGGGUUAAUGACAUCUAACACUAAUGCAUCUCCGUGUUACUCUUACAAGGAUAAAAUACACAUAACACCAGAGACUAAUGCAUCAGUGAUGACGGAGAAAGAUAGCAAUCAGAUUCGUGCUGCAUCAAGUCAGCACUUUGUGAGGACUAUUUCAAGAGCACAAACUGUCUCUCAGGAAGCAUCAGUUAGUGUGUUUGCUUCAAAGCCACUUCCAGGUCCUUCACUUGUGAAAAAUACAUAUGGAGGUUUUAGUUCAAGCAGUGCCCAUCUUGGUCAUCCAAAUUUUUGUAAUCAGCAACCAAAUGAUGGGUGCCUUCAAAGAAAAUCUGAAUCUUUAUCUGGUCGGGAAAUUCGGGGGAAUUCACCUUUAUUUGUGCAACCUGGUUUAGAAAAUGGAAGUCCACAGAAGGGUCUUCGCAUAGCCAAUGUUGUGCAUCGAUUCAAGAGCUCAGUUGAACUUUUGGAAAUCGGUGUUGUUCUAUCUGGGAGGUUGUGGUCCUCAAGCCAAGCAAUUUUCCCAAAAGGGUUCAGAAGCAGAGUGAAAUACUUCAGCAUUAUGGAUCCAACACAAAUGACUUACUACAUAUCUGAAAUAUUAGAUGCUGGACUGCAGGGACCUCUGUUUAUGGUGACUAUAGAAAACUGUCCAGGCGAAGUUUUUAUCAAUGUCUCUCCUACCAAGUGCUGGAGCAUGGUCCGUGAGAAGCUGAAUAUGGAAAUACGGAAGCAACUCAGCAUGGGAAGAGCUAACCUUCCUACACUACAGCCUCCAGGAUCAGUUGAUGGUCUUGAAAUGUUUGGGUUGCUGUCACCUGUAAUAGUUCAGGCAAUCGAGGUGCAGGAUAGAGAUCGGAUCUGCACAGAGUAUUGGAGGUCCAGGCCCCGUGUUGUUGCUGGAGACAGUGGCAGUCAGCAUAUGCUGCCACCUCAGGGUCCGCCGCACAUUGCGCUUCUGAGGGGGCUGUUCCAGCGUGCCAGCCGCGAUGAGCUGCGAGCCCUGCAGAGUCUACUGACGAGCAAUAGCAGUCUGGAUGAGAGCUCCAGGCAACAGGCUGCCCAAGUCCUGGACGAUGAGAUUGCCAAGCAGUGGCGCUGACGAACCAAAAUAGGACAUCUAAUCUCUUGACUGCGUGAAAUUUUUGGGAUGGGACCAAGCAGUGCGGAUGCAAAGUGAUGACGUGCGCACGUUGCUAGACUUAUCGUCGCCUAGAAGGCUCUUGUCUGAUCCUAUCCAUCCAUGGCCUCCUUCAGGGCCGGCCCUGGAGCAGUGCAGGUGUGUGUGCCGCCAGAUUUCUUUGGAUAGCAUGCUUACUAAAGGUUGCUUCUUUGGUUGUGACAUGUCAGGCUUAAUCAAUUCUGCAAGAUACUUUCACACUGGUAGAAUCUGUUUUCCAGUUUAUCAGGAUCCGCUGUAGUUGAUUUAGCGUACAAUCGAAAAAUCUUCAGAUUUGUUCAGAAACCUAAGACGAGGGAGAAAAAAUUCUCAGUUUCAUCUAAUGAUGAUAGAUGAUGAUAGAUAGUGCAGUAUAGCCAGAACAAGGUGUUGCAUAAUAUAAACCCUGGGAAGAAAGGGAGUCUGGUCGAUACAUCUUUUUCUGCUCCUUUUCUAUAUGUAUGUACAUCAACUAUGGAGUUUUACCCAAUGAGCUGAUGAAAAUCCAGUCAAGUUCUAGUUCCUUGAGUGUGUCCGGGCUGAUGUAAUAGGAUGCUGGUGUUUGAAAUGUGUCAUUGCUGCAUGAUCCUGAAAGCAGCCUUAUUUGGUUAAGAUGGGCAGCCUCUCUCCUGCCCAGUUCUUUCCAAAAAAAAAAAGAAGUGAAGAAGAAAGAAAGAUGGGUAGCCUCAUAACUGUGCUUAUUCUUUUAUCGUGGAAUCAGUAUAUAUCUUUCGUUGCAGUUUUAA